AUGAAAGCAUCUGCUGUGGUCAUGACAACCCUGUUGGCUGGUGCUGUUCUUGCCCUACCAACAGCGCCAGCACCAGUCGACUCUCCCAACCACCUGGCAACUCGCGACACGAAUGUUGAUGCGUUGAGAGCGACUCAUUAUGCCAGGGGGGCGGGACAGUCCCUCGAUAUCAGGGAUGAUCCGGAUACCACCGAUGGGGAAGUCACAGACGAUCUCGGAAGCGACACAGAUGACGAGGCGAGUACUCCCAUCCUCCCCUGA